UCCUCUCCUCUUCUCUCCCUCCUUUAAAGUCCUUUAUCUGGAGUGAAAUUGGUGUCCUGGAUUGUCCUCCUAAACCAUUCUCAACGUCUCUUAAACAAGCAAACACUUUUUGCAUAAUGGCACAACAAUUUAAUUUUUCUGAAGGUAGUGCAAUGAUCUCUGAAGAAUAUUCCCGCCCCAAUGAUACUUUGCCUCCUGACUCUCCAGUGAAACAGGACAUGGCUCCAUCAUUUACUAAAGUGUCUUCAGAAAUUAUUGAAAUUAGGGAAAUUUUUGGAAUCCCUGCUUCUCCAGUUGAUCACCUGUUUGAUGAUUUAACACGAAAUCUUAUCAAUGCCUACAUUGCCAUUAUCUGUAUUUUGGGCCUGCUAGGAAAUGGGAGGACAAUUUAUCUUCUGACUUAUUCCGUUAAGAGGAAUUCUUUCACCACUUACAUCCUGAGUCUCUCCAUCGCUGAUUUUGGGGUCCUCGUAUCCCUCAUUAUUGCG